AUGCUACGUCUAUCAAUAGGCCUCGCAGUUUUACCUCUUGCUGCCGCUCUAGUUGGUAGAAGCCCAGCAAGUACUUCGAACGGCCACUGCAGCCGGACGUGCAUGUCAAAGAUCGUCACCCAGCUCCUAGAUUCUAUGGUGGCCCAUGACCCUUAUGCUGUGCCAAUGGCACCAACGUACAAAGCAACCGAAAAUUCGCAUCCGGCGGCAAUUGGUAUGAUGACUUCGUGGCGCACUAUUGUCAAAGCAGGCCCGCCCAGUCUUCUGGCAAUCGAUACCACGAAUGGAACGGCGUACUUCGCUCUGGAUGUCAGUGAAGGCAACGAAGCAACUGAAUCAGUUCUUCGAGGUCGGAUUAAGGUGGUUCAUCAGAAAAUCACCGAGCUAGAGCUAUUCAUCAAUCGCUACCGUGGUGAUCAUGGCUUUUCCUUCUCUGCCGCAGAGCUCCCGGCGAAUUACGAAGCGUUGAUGUUGCCGCCGGCCAAUCGGACGAAAGCGAGUCGAGCAACACUAGAGGCGUUAAGCGAGUCUCUCUUCGCGACCUCUAGUAAUUUUUCCGUCACCGUUGGUGACAACUGUCAAUUCACCGAGCUCGGCUGGAAGGUUGUUGAUCCGGGCACAAACGGGACUGGUUCGACAACACCACUAGACUGUACAUGGCCCUCUGAUCAUCCCACGGACACGAAGGCACGUGUUGGUCUAGUUAUCGAUGAGGAAUUAGGCUUCGUUGUGACCAGUGGCGUUAUUCCUGGUAAGGUCUAUCCAUAUGGGAACAUCUCGGCAUUCAUCCCGGACGCCAUGACUGCGGCACAGGAAGCGCAGGAGGUGUGGAUCAAGGAGAUGGAAGCGCUUGGUACCAUUACUUUGCUUUCCCCUACCGAAGCGACUGGUGAUACGCUCGAAGUGCUUCAGUAUUACAAUGGCGAGCUCCAGGCCAUGCAGAUCAAUGUCUAUAUGAAUGGCCCGAAUAUGACAUCGCCGUGGUUGUAG